CUGGCCAACGAAGUCCCGUGGGGUGACCACACGGCGGCCCAGCCCCGGCCGCACCUGUCUUGGGCGUGGCGCGUGGCCCCGCCCCACCCAUUGGUUGGCCGGAGCGGCGCGCUAUGCUAAUGAGUUAUGCUAAUGAACCUAGCCCUUCCCUGCACCUGCCGGCUGCGCUGCCCUCAGCAGACAGGAUCAGGCGGAGGCCCCCUGAGUCGCCUACACAGGAGAUCAUCAUGCCGCGCUCCUUCCUGGUGAAGACGCACUUCAGUCCCAGGGCCCCCAACUACAGAAAGUUGGAGACGCAAAGAGAGAUCAACGGCUCCUGCUCAGCCUGCAGAAAGCUGGCUGGGCCCCUCUUCCUCCCAGAGAAGGCGGCCUCCUCUUCACCCAGUGACCUUCCUAGGCCCUUGAACCACACCUCUGUCAUCACAUAUGUCUCUCUGCCCCUCCCCUACAAUGAAGAAAUUCAAGGUGCCUCUGGGUCAGACUCCCUGGAAACCAGGCACGUAGACCUGCAGGCUGUCCAGACCCUCAACACACCCCUCAAAGACAGCUGGAACCACCUCAACCUGCCCCCGCUGCUGGCUCUGCCCACACAGUGGCCCUCAAUCCUGGGACCUGAUGGGGACCAGGACCCAGACAGACUGCUAGGGGCUGAAAGGGCCUCUCACUCCACCGGCAGCCUCCAGUACUUCCACUGCCACAAUGCUCAUGCUGUGGUGGCCCUGCAAUGCUUCUCCUGCAGACACUGUGACAAGGAAUACAACAGCCUGGGUGCCCUCAAGAUGCACAUGCGUACACACACGCUGCCCUGCACUUGUGCCAUCUGUGGCAAGGCCUUCUCCAGACCCUGGCUGCUUCAGGGUCACAUCCGCACCCACACAGGUGAGAAGCCCUACACCUGCUCGCACUGUAGCAGGGCCUUCGCCGAUCGCUCCAACCUGCGGGCCCACCUGCAAACGCACUCUGACACCAAGAGGUACCGGUGCAGGAGCUGUGCCAAGACCUUCUCCCGCAUGUCCCUCCUGGCACGGCAUGAGGACAGUGGCUGCCACCCUGGCCCCUGAGAGACAAGGAGCUCAGUGAAGGGAUGAGACUGCAAAGAAAAAGAGGUCCCUCAGCAACCUUCGAUGAGCAGUUGAUGCUGGGAGAAACUUGGAGAGCUGGUUGGGUUCUCAGUGAGAGGAGGGGACUGGAUAUGAUUUUUUGAUGUUUCAAAUAAACACAUGAUUGGUA